AUGGAUAUUUUAAGCCAUUCGAUACCGAUUUUGAACAACUUAGUGUCUUCACCAUUGUGCACAAAGGAGAUAGAUUUGAAAUUGUUAAAAAUGGAAAAAAUGACUGGAGAGUUCACAAGAAAUAACACAAUUUUCACACAUGCGGAUAAGGGGAAUACUACUGUAGCGAUUGACAGGGAUCGUUAUAUUGACACGGUAAAUGAAAUGCUCAGAGACGAGUGUACGUAUACUAUUGUUAAGAAAGAUCCGACUAAAAUAUUGACAAAACAAUUACAAAUGUUGCUUGUUAGAUGGAAGAGGCAGGGCCACAUAAACGAAACCACAUAUAAAGGGUUAUAUUGCAGCGAUGGCACUCUAGCGCGUGCAUAUGCAGUGCCUAAAAUACACAAACCAAAUGUACCAUACAGAUUGAUUGUUUCAUCUAUAGGAAGCCCUUUAUAUGAAUUUGCUUCCUUCUUACAUAAGAUCUUGUUUGAUUCAUUGCCUAAGGCGGACAGUUUCAUAAAAAAUAGUUUCGACUUGGUAGACAAUUUAAGAGGAAUAUACACGAACAAUAAUUAUAGUUUGAUCUCGCUUGAUGUUGUUUCAUUGUUCACGAACAUCCCUUUGGAUUUAGCACUUGAAUGUGUCAAUGAUCAUUGGGAACACAUCUUGAAGAAUUGCAAAUGUUCGCAAUCUGAAUUUGUAGAAGCAAUCAAUCUGGUAUUGGAUUCUACAUAUUUUCAGUUCGAUGGAACUAUAUAUAAACAGAAUUUCGGCACUCCCAUGGGCUCGCCAUUAUCACCCAUCGUGGCAGAUUUGGUCAUGCAAAAAUUAGAGAAAGUGGCUUUAUCAAGUUACAACAACGAAGUUUUAUUGUACUAUCGAUAUGUUGACGAUCUACUUGCGGCAGUUCCGAAAGACAAGAUCAACGAUUUUCAUAAUAGUUUUAAUACAUUCCAUCCUAGACUGCAGUUCACAUUGGAAGUGGGUGAUGACUCUAUUAAUUUUCUUGAUGUGACGAUAAUGGUUAAUGUAGACCGGUUCUCGUUUAAUUGGUACCGGAAGCCAACUUUCUCAGGGAGAUUCUUAAAUUAUCUUUCGAACCAUCCAGAAUCUCAAAAAAGAGGUAUUAUCUUCAAUUUAGUUGAUAGAGCCAUAUUCUUAUCUGAUUCGUCUUUCCACCAUGAAAACAUAGAACUAAUUAUUGAUAUUCUCAUUAAUAAUGACUUCCCUCUGAAGUGUAUUUUUGAUGCUAUUAAUGAGAGAUUACGUCACAUUAAACAUAGAUCUAGAGUAUCACAUGACCAAAGUGACCUCAAUGACAAGAGUGCAGCAAUGACUUCUUGGUUUUCUGUGCCGUUUAUCAAAAAUAUUACUGACAAAUUCAUGAAAUUGAAUAGAGACGACUUAAAAGUUUCGUUUUUUAGUUCGAACAAGAUCAGUAAAUUUGUUGGUGUACAUAAGGACAGAAUACCAGAGGAAGUUAAAAAUGACGUUGUAUACAAAAUUAACUGUAACGAUUGUAAUGCAACCUAUGUUGGACAAACGAGCAGACAAUUAAAAACUAGAAUAUAUGAACAUCGUAACCACAUUAAAUGGAAUACGUCUGCUCGUUCAGUGAUUACCGACCAUAGGUUGCAAUAUGCACAUGACUUCGACUGGAAUAAUGUCAAAGUUCUUGAUGUAGAGUCUUGUUACACAAAGCGCUUAAUUUCCGAAAUGCUUUAUAUUAAGAAACAGGAGAAUGGCAUUAAUUUACAAACAGACACGGUUGGCCUUCACAAAGAAUAUAUUAUGGAUAACAUGUUCUCGAAAAAAGCCUGGUGUAGACCAGUAGCACUUGGUUCAUCUACUGGUCAAUUAAUUAAAAAUAUUGAUGCAGAAGAAUGUUCUCCAACUUGCUCAAAUUUUUCUGAAGAUGAUUCUCGGCCUAACAAGAAAAAUAAUAUUCCUAAAAAGAAUAUAAAAACCAAGAGAUCAAUAACAAAUCUUUUUGAAGAGAGAUUGACAAAAACAGGAACAUGA